CUCCUCUUCCCAUGUCUGCACACAGAGAGCGUGAGAGAGCACUCUUCUCUGACCACUUUCUUACCAUUACUCUUUCCAUUCCUUCUUUCUCUCUUUCUUGAAUUCUCUUUAACCACCUGUGAAACUUUUAGAUUCGAGCCUUCUGAGCUGUGAGAGAGAGAGAGAGAGAGAGAGAGAGAGAGAGAGAGAGAGAGAGAGAGAGAGAGAGAGAGGGGAGACUGCUGAGUUAACUGCUUGUGUGUGUAAAGACCACAAGAAGGAGAGACAGGAGGUAACAAGGGGUGAGAGAGAGAGUUGGCUGAUUUAACUGCUUCUGUAAUCACAAGAGACGGAGAGAGAGAAAGGGAGAGAGGGCAAGACGAGGGUAGAGAGACACCAGAAUUAAGUGAGAGAAAGAGAGAGAGAGAGACAGGGUGAGCUAAGGGGAGCGAGAAGCGAACGUGGAGGGAAAGGAGAUACGCGUCCCGACAACAAUGGAAACUCAAUCAGGAAACGGAGACGAGGCGGAGGCCGGGGGGGGGAGCGGCGUGUCACUGACCCUGCGCUCCACUUCCUGUCGCCCCCCUGGACCCGGAGCCGCCGCCACGGCAACGGAGGCCAAAAGCAGCGAGCGCUUCGACGUGCGACUGAAAGACCUGCGCAGGGUGUUCGAGACGCCGGCCUCCUCCGCGGAAGUUAGAGACGUCCAGCCAUCGCCGCCACAGCGGGGGCUGACCAGUCCCAGCCGGUUUGACCAGAGAGCAGACCUCUCUAACAACAAGAUGGCCUCCGUGUCGCCAGAAACCUCUGCAGGCAGCGUGUCAGCGGGUCUGAAGAACGGGUCGGGACCCCAGCGCUCGGACCAGCAGGAGCCCCAGGACCCCGACGGGGAGCCUCUGUCCGUGAAGGAGCGGCUGGCCAUGUAUCAAGCGGCGCUCAAGAAGGAGACCGGCGCCGCCACUUCCUGUGUGGCGGUGAUGGAGGAGUCGGAGGCCUGCUCGCUGCCCGGUGGGCUGGCCAGCGUGAAGAGGCAAUUUGAGAGUCAGCAGUUUGCCUCUUCCUCGUCCUCUUCCUCCCACUCCCACAGCACCGUCACCCAGCACCAGUACCAGCAGAGAUCAGUGCAGGCGAUGUCCGCCUCCUCUGAGACGCUGGUGAGGAGCAGCGAUGUCAACCAGACCUCCUCCUUUCAGAACCAACAGGAGGUCACCCGGCAGCAGCACCACACGGUUCAACAGGACAGCGUUGCCGCCGGCUACGGCAGCCAUUACAAUGAGACAGUGACGGUGGUGGGCGGAGAAGACCUGCCCGCCUUCUCCACCCACGCCCUGAAGACGCAGUACGAGAAGACGAUAGAGGAGGCCACGCCGAGCAAGCAGGUCAAGAUUGAUGUGGAUUUGAAUGAUUUCCAAUGGGAGCCGGUCAACCGCCAUGCAUCCAAAAGCGCUGCCGCGACAAGCUACCAAAGCUCCUCCAACUUUGCGUCCUCCAACCUUGCGUCCUCCAACUUUGCCUCCUCCUCAUCCGCCCUGGCCUACGAGGCUGUGGAUCCCUUCCCCCCGCCGCCCACAGAGCAAGAGCUGCCGGACUACUGCCAGGCCUGCAGCCAUCACAGCCAGAGCCAGGUCACCGACCAGCGGUCCUCCGAACACAAGGAGCACUACUUCAAGCACAAGAGUAUGGCGGAGCUCAAACGCCUCUACAAGCACAUCCACCCGGACGUCCGCAAGACCCUGGAGGCCGACUUCCUGAGCCAGCUCACGGAGGAGGAGAGGGUUCGCUUCGAGAGCGAGGGCGGGGAGCGGGUCGAAGGGGAGGUGCAGCAGACCUGCUAUCUGUUUGAGAAUGACGGGGGCAGCCCCAACAGGGGUUCGAGUCCCGAGGGGGACUACCUCGAAUGGGAGGAGAUCCUUAAAGGCGAGGUGCAGUCCAUGCGCAGGAUGUUUGAGAACAAACCGCUGGACGCCAUCAAGGACGACACUCUGGACGAGCGGGAAGAUAACAACAUCUCCCAGCAGGAGAUAAUCGCCGGCAAGGACGUGAGGUACACCGCGUGGAUGUUUGAGAACCAGCCCAUGGACGCGCUCGGGACGGAGACCGGCGAGACGACCAGUCAAGUUAAAGAACUUGCUAGAGGCGACGUCCGUACCGCCACCUGGCUCUUUGAGACUCAGCCCAUGGAUUACAUGAAUAAGAUCUAUCAGGAACAGGACGAGCAGGUGAUAGAAGUGGUCAUCGACAAGGACAUCAGUGGCGGGGACGUCAAAACGGCGCGCUACCUCUUCGAGACGCAGCACUUGGACUCGCUGGGCAAGACGGAGACCAUCGACGAGAGCAACUUCCUCAACCUCAAGUCGGAGCUGGAGGAGAUAAAGGGGGAGGUGAAGACCACCACCUGCAUGUUCGAGACCCAGCCCAUGUGUGUCAUCCGGGGGGAUUCUGGGGAAAUGCUGGAGAUCACCAAGAUCCGCCGGGAGGAGACAGAGAAGGGGGACGUCAAGACCUCUCGCUGGAUGUUUGAAACCCAAGCACUGGAUAUGAUCCACAAGGACCCCUCCAAGGUGAAGCUCAUCUGCGGGGUUUCCAUGGAGGACGACGUCCAAGGAGGGGUGAACAAAGGGAAAUGGCUCUUCGAGACCAAGACCCUCGACGCCAUCAAGGAAGAGGAUUGGGAGUGCUCCAAACGAGAGAGGGAGGAGAUCAUCGGCGCCGACGUGAGGCAGCACUGUCGGGUGUUUGAGACCCAGCGGAUGGACACGCUGAAGGACAACGCCAACGCCAGGCCGUCGUGCGCCGAGGAGAUUGUCGGCGGGGACGUGCGGUCGGCCAAGCAUCUGUUUGAGACGGUGCCCAUGGAGAACCUGAAGGAUCUGCUGGAGGUCGGAAAGCUCCAGAAGAGGGUCGCGUCGGAGGAGGAGAAAGGCGACGUGAGACAUCAGAAGUGGAUGUUCGAGAGCCAACCGCUGGAGAACAUACGAGAGGAAAAACGGGAGAUCACGCGCACCGUCAACAUGGAGGCUCUCGACAAGGGCGAUGUCACCAAUUACAAAGAGAGGUUUGAGACCAUGGAUCUGAGUAGGUGUGAAGGGACACAGAGGAUACAGGUGGAGGGUGUUACGAGCGGAUCUGUCCGGUCGAACAAGGUUCUCUUCGAGUCCACCCCUAUGUACGCGAUGCAGGACAGCGCAGGUCACUACCACGAGGUCAAAACCGUGAGGCGCGAGGAGGUGGUGAAGGGAGACGUGCGCAGCUGCAGGUGGAUGUUUGAAACGCGGCCUAUCGACGAGUUUGACGAGAGCAUCGACAAGUUUCAGAUCAUCAAAGGCAUCUCCAAACAGGAAAUUCAGUCUGGAGAUGUGAAGACAGCCAAGUGGCUCUUUGAAACUCAAGCUCUGGAUGCCAUCAAGUACGAACACGAGGAGCGUCAGGCCAAGGAGGACGUCGAGAUCGAGAAGGGAGACGUGAAGACUUGCCGGUGGCUGUUUGAGACCCAGCCGAUGGACGGCCUCUAUGAGAAGGAGGAGAGAAGCGAGACGGAUGUCCAGCAAGUCCAGAAGGGCGAUGUUAAAACGUGCACUUGGCUCUUUGAGACCCAGACCCUCGACAACAUCCGCGACCACGCCGAGACAGAGUCCGAGACCAUUUUGAAAACUUGCACCAUAAACCAAGAGGACAUCCAGGGGAAGGACGUGGGCCGCGCCCGUUUUCUCUUUGAAACCGAGAACCUGGAUUGCCUGACCGGGGAAGACUCCAGCUCCUUCAGGAGGGUCACGGAGAUCGAUAUAGACUCGGGCGAUGUCUCUCGGAUGAAGUACAUCUUUGAGAACAGCUCCUCGGACAUCAUGACCUCCACCUCAGGAGAAGUCAUGCAGCGGCUUAAGACCAAAACGGCCGAGGACAUCCAGAGAGGCAAUGUCAUCAACAACACCCGGAUGUUUGAGAAUCAGGCGAUAGAUACAAUCAAAGAGGAUGAAACAACAACAAGGGAAUUGCGUACAGUGACUGACGUGCAAGGUGGAAACGUGGACAAAGGGCGCUUUAUUUUUGAGACGUAUUCGUUAGAUCAGAUUCAAGAUGAGAACACAGAGACUGAUAUUUCAAAGCUUAUCGGUAUGUCAAGCGAAGAGAUUCAGAAGGGAGAUGUGAAGAACUACACCAUGAUGUUCGAAACGCAGCCGCUCUACGCCAUACGCGACAAAGACGGACACUACCACGAAGUGACCACGGUGACAAAGGAAGAGGUGAUGAGAGGGGACGUGAAGGGCGCUCGAUGGCAGUUUGAGACCAAGCCGCUGGACUCGAUCCGGGACUCGGAGGAGGUCUACGUGAUCAAGGCCGUGACGGAGGAAGGCGUCAACAAAGGUGACGUCAGCUCUGCCCGGUGGAGGUUUGAGACCCAGCCGUUGGACGAGAUCGCGGAGGACAUGAAAGUGAGGUCCAAGACCGUCGAGGACGUUCAAGGCGGGGACGUGAAGUCAAACACACAACGCUUCGAGACCGACGAGAUGUCCCAAAAGUACGUCAGGACGGUGAGCGUGAGCGAGAUCCAGAAGGGGGAUGUCCGAUCCGCCACGUGGAUGUUCGAGACCCACACGAUGGACAAGAUCCACAGCGAGAACACAGAGCUCAGCAGCAUGGAGACGGUGACGAAGAAGGACGUGGUAAAAGGGGACGUCACGCAGUCCGUGUGGCUCUUUGAAAAGCAGCCCCUCGACAAGAUCAGAGAGAAGGGAGACGACGAUGAAGCAGACCGCGUCCUUACCAAAGAGGCGAUCCCGCAGGCCGACGUCAAAUCAACAACCUGGCUCUUUGAAUCCACACCCGUCCAUGAGUUCAACGAGAGCAGCACAGAGAGGUCAGCGGUCACCGGUAAGAGCAUCAAGGAGACUCUGGAAGAGCUCUACUGCCAGAAAAUGGUAGACUCGCAGGGGAUUCUCAUCGAGGCGGAUGAGAUCGGAGACGUCCGCAUGGCGAAAUACAAGCUGAUGAACCAGAACUCGCCUGAAAUCCAACGAGAAGAGAUCAUCAGGGGCGAUCUGAACAACAUCAUGAUGAACCUGUUGAACCGCAGCGACGGCACGGGGAGGGGGAUCACCGUCGACGUGGAGGAGAGGGGCAACAUCGACACCACCGUGCGCCAGCUCUUCAGCCAGGAGAAGGGGGCCAGCGUCGAGAAGGAAGCCAUCGUCCGCGGCGACAUACAGGAGGCCAUCAACAACCUGCUCAAGCAGGAGGGCUCCUCAAAGCGCGGCCUGCUCAUCCAGGAAGACGAGAAGGGGGACGUGAGGAUGACCAUCUACUCCCUCCUGAACAAGGCCGAGAGCGACAGCGUCGAGCGGGAGGACGUCGUCCAGGGCAACGUCAGCAAAACGCUCCACCGGCUCAUGUCGAACCCGGAUGCGGAGAAGAAGAAGAAGAUUAAGGUGGGCGAGACGGAGAGGGGCAACGUCAGCUUCUACUCCACCUGCAUCGAGUCCGGAGCGCUGGACUACCUCCGUAAUCUCCGCGGCGAGCCGGACGACGAGCCAGAGAGGAAGACAGAGAAGGAGAGGAUCGUGGGCGGGGACGUGGAGGAGACCAAGCUCAUCCUGAGGAGGAAUCAGCAGCAGGUGGGCCGCACGGUUGCCGAGGGCGACAUCGUUGCCGGGGACGUGCACAGCAACGUCCAGGUGUUCAUGACGGAGCCCAGCGUCAACUACCGGAACCUGGAGAAGCAGGACAUCGUAAAGGGCGACCUGUGGGCCGCCAUGGAUUCGUUGACUCAGGCGGCCAAUCAGAGGGUGGUGAUGGAGAGGGAGGAAGUAGUCAAGGGGGAUCUGAGCACCACGCUGAAGUCUCUGCACGAGGCUCGGUAUCAGGCCAAGGACGUGGAGAAGCCCGACAUUAUCCGGGGCGAUAUCAGAGGAGCGCUGCAGUCCCUGGAGAAGUCUGCGACGGCGAGGACUGAGGCGACGGUGGAGGAUUUAGUGCCGGGCGACAUCAAAGGGACGCUGAGGAGUCUGGAGGAGGCAAAGCAGGCGGUGAAGGAAGUGGAGAAGGAGGAAAUCGUCAAGGGGGACAUUUACACGGCCAUGCAGAAUCUACACGAGGUGUCGAGUGAGAGGAAGCUCUAUCAGCAUCAAGCAAGCGAACAGGGGGACAUCAAAGGCACCAUACAGCUCCUACUGGAGCCCCCGGACUCUCCCAGGAUGCAGCGGCGACGCAGCAUUGAGGGGGACGUCAAAACGUCCAUCAAGACGCUGUACGAGGGCCAGGAGAUGACGCAGACGGAGAAGGAGGAGGUGAUAAAGGGUGACGUGCAAGGCGCCAUAAAGAAUCUGAUGCAGAAGAAACAAUAUGCCAACCCGAAGCGCAUGUAUUCCUCCAAGAGAGUCAAAGUGACGGCAAGGGCCCCAGAACACAAGGUGCUGGAGCAUACGUGCGUGCACGGGCACAAGAGCAUGAGCGUGACAGCGCAAGGGACACCCGCUGUGACUAACCUACCCCAGGCCGCCGAGACACAGAGGCACACACAGAAGCACGCCGAGAGCCAAUCUGUGAACACCAAGGCUGUGAUUCAGGAGGAGAGCUCACACGCUGUCACUAUCGCGGCCGCCACAUCGGAGUCUUCUAAGCGGAUAAGCUCAAAGGAGGAGAGUGUGACACAGAAUGGGCCGCCCCAAACCCAGACCCAGCCCCAGCCCAAGCCCCAGGCACAGAUAGUGCCCGCUAAGCCAGUUAGCGUGAAGAGCAAACCGACACCUCAUUCACAGCAGACAGAGAUGAAAUCUGUGGUCGACAUGAACGUGAAACAAGGCGCUGUGCAAAGCGUGUCCACCAAGCAAACCAAUGUCUCCACCAAGAAAACCCAGGAGACGAGGACGGUUAAACAGGUGCACACCACCGUGAUUGAACAACAGGCUAUAUCGUCUAUGUCAUCAUCGUCGUCGUCCUCGGCGACGCAGGGCCGCGCUGUGUCGGAGCAUGUGUCUACCUCCCAGCGACAAAGCGCCGUAAUGGAAAACAAGGGGCUCGCUCAGAAGCAAGACAUCAAAAGCGCCAAGGGGGAAUACCGUAACCUUGAGAACAAAGCGAAGGGCCUGAUCAAAAAGAAGAAGCCAGAAAUUAAUUUUCCCCCUCCGCCUUCUUCCCCCCCUCCACCAUCCGAGUCAGAGCUGUCCCUCCCUUCCCCACCGUCCCCGGUGACAGAAGGCCCGGGCUCCACCGGCUCCCGCCCUCCCAUCAUGAGGCAGGACAGCGACCUCCCACCCCCGCCCCCGCCCUCUCCCCCUCCAGCGGAGCCCGAGGCCGAGUUCUUCCCACCGCCGCCUCCGCCGACCUCGGCAGAUUUCCUCCCUCCUCUGCCCUCCCAGCUGGAGCUCGAUGCCCUGCCUCAGCCCCCGCCCCCAACCAAACCGGGGAAACCGGCGGCCCGGCCCCUGUUCAAAAUCCCCAAGCCGAUGGAGCCCGUCAAGCCGCCCGCACAGCCCAAACCCAAGUGGCAGAAGAAGCAGCCGAUCCCUGCUCCUCCUCCACCUCCUCCAACUCCUCCACCUCCACCACCCCAACCCGCUACGGAGCAACCAGCGUUCGUGACGGAGCAGCCAGCGACCGUGAUGACACGCGCGGAGGAAACUAGGGUGCAGCAGGUCCAGACCGAAACAACCCAUCACACAGAAACCAGGAAACAAACUCACACCCAAUCCACCGAGUCCACCGCAGCACCGAAGGCGCCGUCCGGGAUCCCCGUGGCAAAAUCCUUUGAGAAGGAACCCCUGCAGCCGCCCAAAAAGCGCUUCGUCCCGCCUCUGAAACUGCAUCAGACGCCCGAGACCGCGGAGGCCCCGAAGCCCCGCCCUUACGCCCGUAAGUUCAAAACGCCGCUCAUGCUCGCAGAGGAGAGGUUCCGUCUCCAGAGAGAGAAAGAGGAGAUGGAGAAUCUCAAACCAACGCCGCCGAACUCCCCGCCGGCCCACUCCGAGGCGCCCCCCACCGGGGAACGGUUCCUCGCAGGAAACGCUGGCGAGGCCGAAGCACUGACUACCCAAUCCAUGCAGUCCACCGAGGCCAUGGUGGAGGAGAGAAGGGCCGUCGCCGUGGAAGAGACAUCGGCGCACGACGCUCCUGUGGCGAAGAAGCUGCCGUCGCACAUCCCUUCCAGCAAGCCUUUGAUCGCCCCGCUGAAAAAGAAAUCACAGCAGGCGUCCUCAAACAUCACCUUGGAUAAUAAGCAGGGCUCCAGGGGCCACUCCUCUGUGGUGUCGGGGCAGAGGGCUCAGAGCUCGUCUGAUGUCUUCAGAGAGAGUCAGACAACACAAGUCUCUGUGUCCACCGCCAAAUCCCCCCCCUCACCCAAGCCCGUCGAUAUUACAACCCAGUCAGGUGCCGGCUUUGUCAGUGGCGCUGUCACGGAGCAGAAACAGUUCAUGAAGAAGUCCAGCACGGUCAAGUGUGUGUCCGCCACAAAGAGUUCUGUGCAGGAGAGCGUCAAUGUCCAAAGUCAGCCUGAGGUCACCCUGAGAGCAGAGGAGGAGACGAAGGCUGUUAAUGUGGCCGAUACACAGGACGGGAGGAAAGGCACGGCUCAGCCCACUAAAAUCCCGAAGGUGGCUCCAAGUUUCAAAGUGAAAACCUUCAAGAUACCCCCCGAGAUGAAAGAUGUGAAAUGUGAUAGCUUGGCGAUGAAACAGGCUGUCACAGGUGGCACUCAGUCACAUCUGGACAUGGCCGAUAUCUCACAGCGUAAUGAAACCACAGUGAUGCAGGAGAACAGCCUUGCGACCUCGGCAGUGCUGAGAAAUGAAGUUGAAGUCAAAAUGGAUCUGAAAGCGCAAGUGGCGAAACGGCAAAUGAGCCCACUCCCUCGUCCCAAACCGUCCCAUAAAUCAGCGGAGCAUUCUGUGAAGAAGCAAACGGCCAAGAGGGAGAACGAGGAGAAACAGGCGGGGGCCGUCCACGUCGUUUCCAUGACGGAGACUGAGGCUGCGUUGGGCCCUCAAGCGCCGGGCUACGGGGCCGUCUCCAGCAGCCACCACAGCUCCAAGACGGAGCACAGGCAGGAGGUGGUGGUGACGCAGAGCGUGACGCAGCAGAGCAUCCAGAGGCAGGAGGCUGUGAGUGUGCACACGCAGAAGACCAAGAGCUCACAACAACAACUACAACAACAACAACAACAACAUCAACAACAUCAACAGACAUCCGCCACGACAACAAGCAAAGUCCAGGGGGUAAACGUUCAAUCAAUGACAGCUAAAAGCGAGGCCGGAGACACAGAGAUGAAGGUGUCUGCAGAAAGCAUGGAGAUGGAUAGAUGUAGAUUAGUGCAGCUGCUGGCUCACAUUAAAGCACUUCAGGGCGGGGCUGGGAAGAUCGACUCGGACGCCGUCAGGGGGAUCGUGAGCGAGGUGCCCGAUUGGAUGAUGGGCGUGGACGAGAAGAGGAACCUGAGUGAGAUCGCGCUGCAUCAGAGCAAGAAGAAGCUGAAGGAGAUGACGGCCUACAUGAGGAACAUGGCCGAGGCCAAGCUCACCUUCCUGGAGGCGGAGAGCAGAGCGGCCGCGGAGCAUCAGGGGAGGGGGACGCCGUCAGCACAGACCCCGCCGCCUCCACCUCCCCCGACAUCGAAGAAGCCCGACACGAAAGCCCCUAUCGGCGGACCCUCCGCCAAGACCUCCAAGGUGACGGUGGCCUCGUCCGUGGUGGAGUCCCGGAGGGAGGCGGUGGAGGAGAGGAGGAUCACCAGCCAGCAUCACGGCGUCAGCAAGACCCAGGAGUUGACGAGGGAAGGCCUCGACCACAGGGGGUCCUCGAUGAUGACCGUCCGCACCCCCUCCCCCACCUUCAUCACCAUCGAGUCGGUGCGGCGGACCGACAGCCCCCGCCACGGGGUGACCCCCUCGCCGCCCCCCUACCGGGCGGUGGGAACCCCACCCCCGCCACCGCCGCCGCCGCGCAGGCCUUAUGCGGCCCAGUCGCCGCUCCUCAACCGGGCCACGCCCUCCCCCACGCUCAGCCGCUCUGAGAAAGUGGUGCAGCUGAAGACCCCCAGGGGCGGGACCACCCCUACGCCACCUCCACCUCCUCCCCAACCAAUCGUAGAGGAGGUGAUGGCCGAGCAGGAGGGGUCCCCGGGGUUUAGCUUUGUGGCGAGCUACACGGUGAGCGAGGAGGAGGGGCCCGGGGUGGAGGUGGAUCUGGAGGGGUGCGCCGAGGAGGGCGACUCCAUGAUGACCGUCCGCGACAAGAAGUCCUUCUUCGAGGAGGCGCAUAGGGCGGAGGUGACCAAGGUGUACACCCGGAAGGACCCCAUCGAGAUCCCGGAGAGGCUGGGCGCCGACGCCGAAGAGCCCCGUCUGACCAUGGUGUCACCGGAGGGCCUGCCUCCGCGGGUGGACCUGUCCAAGCUUGUCAACCGCUUCGAGACGCCGCAGCAGCCUCCGGCGUUCCCCAGGAAGGAGCCCAUCGUGAUCACCGAGCGGCUGGGCAGCGACACGGAGGAGGAUGCUGAGGCCGAGCCCAAGAUGCCCCGGUCCGAGGACGUGCCGGCGUUCAACGUGCGCGCGCUCAAGGACGUAUUCGAGACGGGCGAGCACGGCUCCCAGGCCGCCCGGGACCUCCGGGAACACAUCGAGAGGAGGGAGUCGGAAUCUGAACCCCGCGGGCAUUCCGAGACGUCGACGACAACGACGGUUGCCGAGCUCUUCUCCGGCAUGGACGACUUCGGAGGGUCCAGGUGCAGCGAGACGCACGCCACCGUCCAAUGCUCCGCCUCCUCCUCCGUGGCGGUGGCCAGCGGGCGGGGCAGCCCCCCGUCGUACGCCGACGUGGUGCGCGGCGCCACGGAGAUCCUCUCGGAGGCGGCGGAGGAGAUGCUGCGUAACUAUCAGCAGUCGUGGGCCGAGAGCCAGGAGGCGCUGCAGAGCGCCGGCGUCAUGGUGACGGAACAGAGGAGCUCUCAGAGUGUGACCCGACACCACCACCAGCAGCAGACCGUGGCCACGGAAAAUCAGGGUUCCCGACUCGGAGCUGUGCGUGGCAUGCCGGAAGAGGGUGUACCCAAUGGAGGCGCUGAUCGCCGACAAACAAACGUUCCAUAAGAGCUGCUUCUGCUGCCAACACUGCCAAGGGAAACUAAGCCUCGGUAACUAUGCCUCUCUCCAUGGACGGAUGUACUGUAAGCCACACUUUAAACAGCUGUUCAAAGCCAAAGGGAACUACGACGAAGG